AUGUUGAAAGAAGAUACUGCUUGGCAGCCUGUUUGGAAAGACGAGUUUGAGUCAAAUCCACUUUUGAGGAAAGCAAUAAUAAAUGGAUACGGUCCAUUUCGAUGCUGGAUGUCUAUAGCUCAUUGCAAUUGGAUGGCCAUCAAUUAUUUACAAGACUGGAAUCAUGAGAUGGAGUUCACAGAGGCAGAGAGUAACAUGAAUGAUUUGGUAGCAGAGUACCAACAAUACCAGGAUGCAAUUGCCAAGGAAGAAGAUAAUUGGCCCAAUUCUUCAACAACUCAAGUCAAUCAGAUUCCAGCAAUUUAUCAGGUCUGGAAUCUGGGUUUUAAGUCACGAAGAUCAUCUCAGGGGCUAGCCGGAAAUUCGUCUUGGCAAGGAUCAGAAACUCUUACUAAGCCACAGAGUUAUUUUUCACAUGCUAGUAACUUGAAUAGGAUGAUUGAGGCAACAAAUUCACGGAGCUCCAAUAUCGAAAUUGGUCCUCAGCUGCAGCCAAAUCUUGCAUUGCAGUUCUGA